GAAAAAAACAUAUCGUGAUAUGAAAAAAUCUCAUAUCGCCCAGCUCUAAUCAGGUGUCAAAAUCGUGACACAGCUUUGCCCAAGUGGAGUCCCAGGAUGAUAAACAGUGCACAGCAUUAGCUGUUUGUAGAAGAUUAGGCAGCACACAGAGCUUAGUUGAAGCGUUACUUAAACUCUCUCUCGCUGCUUCCUCUUCCUCCAGUGAGUGAACUCGGUUCUCCUGGGACUGAUUCUAACGGCUUCAUAGUCUAGUGAUGGCGUAGUAUAAUGCUUCUAGUUGGUUCCUGGGUGCACCUAAAACAUUUUUUUUAGAAAAACUACUUCAUCAGGAGAUGGGAACUGUGAGAUUUUACAUACUGCUGCUCCUGUUGUUGUUUGGGUCCAUCCACAGAGGGACAUCUCAGUUUCCUGAGUGGAAUGGAGAGCUGGAAGGUAGUGGUGAGAUUGAAUCGAUUUCCCAGCCGAAUUUCAUAGAUGACACAUACUGGUCUGGGUCAGCCCCGCUUUGUUUAGGAGGUUGUAAAGCGCGGCACUGGGAGCUGAGGAGAGAUCGCUGUGGAGACUCUAGCUGCUGCUGGCUCGGCUACAAAUCCUUGUGCAGAGUGAACUGUGGAAGGCCAGAUGUGGACUACAAUGGAGCAGUGUAUGGUAAUGACUGGUGGGUGGGAUCUGUGGUGAGGUACACCUGCCGCUCAGGAUUCAGGCUUAUUGGAAACUCUACCAGAUCAUGUCAGCCUAAUGGCCUCUGGACUCCAAAACCUAUCUGCCUACGAAUGUGUAAGCAGGGGCAGAUUGAAAUCAGCGAGCGUGAACUGAGUGGGACAUGCAACUCCACCUGCGUGGGUAAGAGCUACUUCGGCCCACCCAAACGAGGCUGCUCUCAGAUAGACAACUGCAGGAAGAAGGAGACCGGCUGGAAACGGUUCUUUGCACAAUGUGUCCCUUGCAUUUGUGACUGCGCUUUCUCGUGUGGUGAGUUGCUUCCACCUCCACAUUGUCAGGACAAAUGCAAAGCAGAAUGAGCAUGCUGCGGUGCUGUCUGUGUACAAAUACAUUUGAAUAUUGCUCUACACAUGAAUUUGCUAUCCUUCUUUCAGGAAUGAUAUCUGCUUUGUUUUUUUUGUUUUGUUUUUUUCAAGUGUCUGCAGGCUAAAACACAGAGAUGCUUACAGUGUAACAAGGCUGCAGACAAAGAGGAGACACAGACCGGCUGUAGACCAAAGAGUCACGCUGCAUUUCUGCUGCUUCAUCCAAUUUUAAGAACAAAUCUGGGUGUUUAAGGACAAUAAUUUAAUCUCUCCGGCACACACUCCAAGCCUGCCUGCCUGCUUUCUGUAUGUAAAGGAUUACAUGGCAAGAACAAAUCCUUCUGGCACGCCAGUGUUAAGUCACUCUUUAGGAUGCAAAGCGGCGAGAGGGUCAGAAAACAAAAGGGAGGACAAAUUUAGUGAAAGGCACCUGAGAGGUUUAGAUUAGAUUCAAGUUCAGCAAUUAUUUGAAAUAGAAAGCGACUUUGGCUGAUUUUUUUGGGCUUUUCAACAUUAUUUCCUGUCUAGAUAUAUAUA